GCGGCGGCGGCGGCGGCGUCGUCAUGGCGGCGCGGGCCGGUCGGAUCCAGCUCCGGCUGGUGCUGCUCUUCGUGGCGCAGGUGUACUGUGAAUAUGGCAUGGUACAUGUUCUGUCAGAAAAGGGGAGCAGUAAAGGGAAGGACUACUGUAUCCUUUUCAACUCUCAAUGGGCCCAUUUACCACAUGACCUUGGCAAAGCUUCCCUUUUGCAGCUUCAGGAUCAGACAACAUCUGUCUUGUGUUCUCCUUCUGAUGUGCCUGAUGGGGGAUUUAAUAACAGAAUCCCCAUGGUGAUGCGGGGGAACUGCACCUUCUAUGAAAAAGUGAGGCUUGCUCAGAUCAAUGGAGCUCGUGGCUUGCUGAUAGUUAGCAGAGAGAGACUGGUUCCUCCAGGAGGUAAUCGGAGUCAGUAUGAAGAGAUUGAUAUUCCUGUGGCUCUUCUCAGCUACAAUGACAUGUUAGAUAUUGGCAAGAGUUUUAGCAGAUCAGUGAAGGUGGCAAUGUAUGCACCAAAUGAACCUGUGCUUGAUUACAACAUGGUGAUUAUUUUUGUAAUGGCAGUGGGCACUGUUGCAACUGGAGGCUAUUGGGCAGGAAGCAGGGAUGUGAAAAAGCGAUAUAUGAAGCACAAACGUGAUGAUGGGGCAGAGAAACAUGAAGAUGAAACUGUUGAUGUCACUCCGAUCAUGAUCUGUGUAUUUGUGGUGAUGUGCUGCUCAAUGCUCGUCCUUCUUUAUUUCUUCUAUGACCAAUUAGUUUAUGUUAUCAUAGGUAUUUUUUGCCUGGCCGCUUCCAUUGGUCUCUACAGUUGCCUGUCUCCUUUUGUAAGAAGAUUCCCAUUGGGAAAAUGCAGAAUCCCAGAAAACAACUUGCCAUAUUUUCACAAGCGUCCACAAGUCCGGAUGUUGCUUCUAGCCGCAUUCUGUAUCUCUGUCAGCGUGCUCUGGGGAAUCUUCAGAAAUGAAGAUCAGUGGGCCUGGGUCCUGCAAGAUGCUCUAGGAAUUGCCUUCUGUCUUUACAUGUUGAAAACAAUCCGCCUACCUACAUUCAAGGGCUGCACCUUACUCCUGCUGGUUCUUUUUAUAUAUGAUGUGUUCUUUGUAUUUAUCACACCUUUCCUGACAAAGACUGGGGAGAGUAUAAUGGUAGAAGUGGCUGCAGGCCCAUCUGAUUCUGCUACUCAUGAAAAGCUCCCAAUGGUCCUGAAAGUUCCAAGACUGAACUCUUCACCCUUGGCUCUUUGUGAUAGGCCUUUCUCACUCCUAGGAUUUGGAGACAUCUUAGUUCCAGGCUUACUGGUAGCUUACUGCCAUAGAUUUGAUAUCCAGGUGCAAUCCUCCAGAGUCUAUUUUGUAGCCUGCACUAUAGCAUAUGGCAUUGGCCUUCUGGUGACUUUUGUAGCCUUGGCAUUGAUGCAGAUGGGUCAGCCAGCUCUCCUCUACUUGGUACCCUGUACCCUUAUCACUAGCUUUGCUGUUGCUCUUUGGCGAAAGGAGCUUACAAUGUUCUGGACAGGCAGCGGCUUUGCGAAAGACCUACCUCAUCCUCCUUUGAUGUUGGCUCCCAUCAGCUGUCCUGAACCCCCCAAAGAUGUAAAUGCACCAGCAUCUCAACAAGAAGCAGAACAAAUGACCAACCCCACACUUCAUGCAAAGGACCAAAGCAAUGCUACCCUGAGUGUAGAGGAGACCCAGAACCCCUCCCCAAAUACUGGGGAGCUGACUGAUCCCAGCACACAACUAGAACAACCAAAAAAUUCCAGCUCACAUAUAGAAGAAUCAGCUGAUCAAAACAAGGACAACUGUGAAAGCAAAAGUGUCGAAGUAGAAAAGAACCAGUUGGACUAGAAGAUGUAAUAGGAAACCCUCUUUCCCCUCCCCCAAUUUUUCUGCAUAAAACCAGUAAGUAAUUAGACUGGUUCUGUAGUGGUCAUACUCGCUGAAGAACCUCACUGGGAAUCUGAUCAUCAAAUUCAAGAAUACUCUGCCUCCAACUUCAGAUACAGCUGUGCACUUCAAACACCUUUCUGAAAUAUGGUGCUUUACCAAGGUUCUGAUGUAUGAAUUUUAGUGAUCAUUUUAUUAGUGGAUGCCUUUACCUGUUCCUAUUUCAUUAUACCAGGAUAACAGUAAGAACUUUUAUGUAUAUGGCACUCUGCGCUUGUGUGGCUGUGGUGCUGCUUUAACAUAGUGUAGGUUAAUAUGGAAGAAAAGCAGUGGACAAACCUGCUACAAUGCAAUGCUGAGAGGAAAUAGAGUAGUUUUAGCACUUUCCCUUCUGAGACUAUUUUCUACUUGUAAAAGCCAUUGAUGCAAGUGAAUGGUUUAGUAUAAACUUAUGCUCCAGAAAUGCUAAGAACUGGCUAAAUUACGAGCCUUCUGAAAGGAUUUAUAUUACCAUGGUCAUUAAAUUAAUCUCUUAACUUUUUGUUUGUUUGUUUUACUCCUAGGUACUGGGUUGGAUUAUAGUCUAGCUCAGUGGUGCUCACAUUUUUGGACCCCAUGGACCAGAUGAAUGGCAUGGAGCCAGUCCAUGGACCAUGUUGGGUCUGCACCACCUCCGUGCACUGGGACCAGGCUCUGGGGCCCACGCCACCCCGACCAGGCUGGAGCCCUAUCCCAGUGUACAGGGGGCAGCACAGGGCCUGAUCCAGCCUGUGAGCCAUCCAGCCGAUAUUGGGCCCUGUGCCAUCAUAGCCCAGCCCCCCGUACACCAGUGUCAGGUGCUGUACCACGCUGGACACCUGAUCUAGCGCACAGGGCUCCCCACAGGAUCCGGUUGGGAGCCCCGCAGGCUGAAUUACAAAGGGCCAGGGGCUGGAUCCGGCCCAUGGCCUGGGGAUUGAGCACCCUUGAUCUAGAUUAAAAGGCAGGAUGAGUGGAUCUACUAGAAGCAUCAUAAGCAUUCCUAUGAAUUCUAUGGCUGUCUUUGAAAAAGGAUUGAUUAGACUUUCCAGAGUCUGACACAAUAGAUAGACUCAUUAUAUAUGUUGGUUUAAAAAGAGAGCCCCUUAUUUGUCUCACAGAUCAGGAAAUAACAUUAAUUCGUGGUUACGGAAUUGUCUCUUGGGAAAUUUUGAAGACAAACUGAUAUGAGAAAUUCAGCUAUUUUCUAUGAGCCUCUACUUACACUUGUUAUCAAUAUAGGUUUGAUUUCUAAUGUUAAAGAAAAUAGUUUGAUCUCUUUUUCAAAGGAGCAUGUGUGGUUUAACAGUUAGUUUGUUUGUAUAUAUUGCUUGGAUUUAGGAAUUAGUUACAAUUUUGUAACUGGUCAUCCAGCUCAAGCCAUAUUUUGUCUUUAUCCCAGGCGUGACCCAAGUGUGAUCUGCAAGGUUCUAAAAUGAGGCAAUGACCAUCUUGACUUUUCCUUGUGCUGGAGAGUAAAGGUCCUACCUUGCAAUGUCAGGGUUGCAUCGUCACAGUGAAGAUGAAGGAAACUACAGUCUGUUCAGUUUUAACAUAAUUAGGCACAGCUGGUCUUAGCAAGCUGCCAGUCCAGCUUGAAAUAUCCCAAAUGUGGACAUUUCUUAAUUUCUGAUUAAUUUCCUUAGGCAUUAAUGGUGCACAUGUAGAGGGACAGUUUAGUCAAAUUAACAUUAGAUUAUAUAAAAUCAAUUUUGUUUGAGAGAGUACUGAAUCAAGGCAAUUUAAUUUAUUUUAAGACAUUAAAUUCUGUUUUGAACUUUAUACAUUCCAGUCCAUUAAAAACAAUGUCCUGAAAAUAGAAUGUGAUUUGCUAACUCAAGUGGCAAAGGCAUCCCUCUGCCACUCAUAAAUACUACCUUCUGAGCAAAGAUAUCUUGCACAGCAGUGUGGCACUUUGAAGAGUGUAAUCUCAGUAUUAAUGUACAGAGCAAUGCAUUUACAUUAAGAAGUUUCCACUGGCUUGUUGGGUCAAAUUCUGAAAGACUUUUCUUUAGUAUCUGUGGACACAGAUCCCAUGUCAACUCUGACUGCGCUUUCUAAAAGUUUGCAUUGUAUCUUUUGUACUGUAAAUUUGUUUGCUUUCUCUCUAUCACCUCAUGUUAGGUGGACAGUAUUUUUUUUCCAGGAUAAUGGAAGCCUAUUUAUAAAAUCACAUUUUGGGGUCAGCAGUUUACCAGUUUCUGCAUAAGCCUGGGGGACCUUAACCUAGGCCCUGUCUACCAAGUUGAGUGAACUCUGGGUAAAAUGAUAGUGCGUUUCUUUAAAAGUUUCCUGUAUUCUGGAGCCUGUGAUAUAUUUAGUCUGGUUUUCAAAUGAACCAAAUGCAACGUGAUGAGUAGUGCUGAGAUUUUUCCCAUUUUAUUUUCCCCUCUCCUGUUUGGUCUAUAUUACAGUUUGUGACACUUCAUCACUGGGAAUUACCUGUACUCUCAGCUUUUAGAGAACUUUAAAGGCACUUGGAGCACCACAAAUGUGUUGUCUGUCCAUACCCUGAGACUAAUCUGAACCAGACUUUAGGUGCGCAGAACAUUAGAGAAGCUUCUGUUGGACACUUCAACCAGUUCUAUUAUGCCUUAAUGUAAGCCAUUUUAUAAAUAUAUUAUAAAUUAUAAAUAUGUUAAACAUUUAUAGAAGAAAAACUAUCUUUAAAUAAACUUGACAAAUGCCAGCGAAAUGAGAGUUGAGCUUAGUGUGUCAUGAAAUCUGAAUUUCCUCUUGGUUUGAUUUUCUUUCAGCCAUGUUAACCAUUAUUUUUAUAUAUUUAUUAUUCCGCCAGAGUUCAGGCAGUAAAGUUUUAUCUAUCUCCUUGAAACUUAAAUUUUAAAAUUUGUUCUUAUUUCUACUAGGAAAUUACAGAAAUUGGUACAUUAGAAGGGAAAAAAAACUAUUUCUUUCCUAUGUUGUUCAUAAUACAAAUGAAAUAAAAGAAUUCAUAACAUUAGAACUCAUUUGUAAUAGACAUUAUCAAGUCAUCUUUAUUGUGUAGUCUUGGCUAACCUGCUUAGAAAAGAUCAUUUUACCCUUGCUUUUGAGGAUUAUCGCGUCAAAUGUGCACUUCAUCUCCUAUAAAGACUGACGUGAGAACAUUUGAUGCUUUUAGCAUACUAAAAUGCAAUAUUUCUGGUUCUAGAAUGUGAACUAGAGUUACGAGUCCCAUUCAUUGACGAUUACAAUAUUGUAUAAAUCAAAUUGCUCUAAUACAUUGGUUUUCAACCUUUUUUUCAUUUGUGGACCCCUAAAAAUUUUUGACUAGACAUGCUGAGCCCUUUGGAAAUUUUGAAUGGAGGUGCAGACCCGUUUGAAUUGUAAGCGUGGGUAUUUGCAUGCUUUUGAUUGAUCAUAGUCAUCUUUCCCUUAGAUAUAAUGUGUGGACCCCCAGGGGUCCACAGACAACAGGUUGAAAACCACUUCUCUAAUAUAUGUGUUUGGCCUCUGAACCUGUGUAGUGCUGUAACAGUCUUUUCCAUUAGAGCCAAGGCUGCAUUUUCUAUUUUAUUUCUUAAACAAAAAAAACUCCUUGAUGGGUUUGUCCCUUAAAAUUCACCAUUGGAAAGAGGUAAGAGUCUCAAAAGUAUGAUUUCUUAUCUAACAGCAAUGUUGUCAGUCUAACAGCUAACUAUUAUUGAAAGGUACCUUUUAGAAGUUACAUUGAGGUGAGUGAUUAAGGAAGGGCGGUUAGUGCCUGAAAGCUUGUUUAACCUCUCUCCCAUCCGGUCCAGUAAAAGAUGCUACAAAAACCCUUGCCUCAUACAUUUCCUGGAACAUCACAGCUACAACAGUCUGUCCCCUCUACUCAUCAUAUUGGUUAUAAUGUUUAUAUCCUUCACAUAGCUCAUUUUCUGUUAAGCAGGUAUAAAAAUCUGCUUAAAGAAAAUUAAGAAAUCAAAGAAUUUUGAUUUCUUCCACAGAUCUGUAUGUCUGCAGCUAAAAACACUUGUUUUUGUUGCACACGCUUUUAUUGAUCUUUACUCCUUAGAUCACUCUGGCACAAGGAGAAAGAGAGAGAGUUUCCUUACUGGCUCUGGUAUCACUACAUUGCAAUUAAUACCCCAGAUUCUGUGUUCAGUUACACUAUGUAAAUUUUCAUUAAAAUAUUUUUAAGUAAAAUCUUUCAGUAUUAAUAGAAACAUCUAUAUCCUGCUUCUAAAGAUGGCAGUAGAAAUAAGCCACAAACCUUCACAAGAGGAGGAAUUUAAACUUGUGAAACCUCUAACAUUGACUUCGGUAGGAGUGGAUCCAGAUGGAGUGCAGUGGCCCUUUCUGAUCAGUCCUCAAGAACAGCAGCUGGAGACGUUGAUAAGUUCCCCCAGGCAGAUGAGAAUUCCACAUCCUCUUCUCCUCCAUGCUCAGAUGAAUGCCCCCUUCCUUUCCCCCUACCCCCGUCUGCUGUUGCCACUGUCCCCACUGACCCAGGAGUUGAGAGAAAUGCCAGAACCCUUCUGCCCACUCCAGCCAGGCUCUGCAGGGGCUGGGCUCAGCCCAGGACAGCAGCAGCAGCUAACAUUUUCCCUUCCCUGCCUGGUCCCCCAAGGUAUUCCUCACCAGCACAGGGAGGAGGAACCUAUCUGCCACCACCACUGUCCUAGGCCAGGCCCAGCCCCUGCACAGCCUGGCUGGAGCUGGGCAGAAGUGGCUGGGCAGUGGGGAGAGUGGCAGCAGGCAAGUGGGGGAGGAAAGAAGAUGCGGGGCAUGGCACAGGCCUCUGACCAAGGCGGAGAAGGAUUUUUACCUGCUUUGGAGAGUUUAAAAAAAACAACAGUCCCUGUCUGCUGUUCCUGUAAUACUCUGUCCACCCUCGUGCAAGAAACUGGAAAGAGGUUGGGAGUUGGGGGAUGUAGCAACCCCUGUAGCACUGAACUCUGCCUUGACAAAAUCUUGGAUAUGCUUCUGCUUACAGUUAACUUGUAAUCAAUGAAGUUCCCAACCUGUAAAAGAAAAAACUAGAAGUUUUCAUUCACUUUUCCCUGCUUCCUUCCCACUAAGAUUAUUAAUAGCAUUUUAAAAAUUAGAUGACCUUUGGCUCUAUUUUUCUUCCUCCUCUGCCUUAACCAUCUCUGAUUUGUUGUUAUAGCUGAUUUUGACAUCUCAGCUAAAUGUUCCUUUUCUUUAGAUUUUACAAAUUUCCUUAGGGUACAAUAUCCCUCUUUCUCCCUCACGUUCAAACUGUCAUGCUUUUCUCAGAAGUGCUUAUUGCCAUGAUAAAGAUUUGUUUUUGCACCCACGGUAGGUGAGAUUCAGAUCACAGAGCUCCGUUGUAAUGAUGGUAGUAUCUAUUCUUUCUAAAGUGUCUUGGAAGGGAAUAGUAUCUGGAAGGUGGCAGAAAGGGCUCCAGUGAUAAUACUUCCGUUCCACAUUACCAGGACAGUGGGAGGCAGAGCUCUGAGGAUGUGGCUACAUUCACUGGGCAACUAAUAGGAAGAUGAUGAAUGUGUUUGUAAUUUUAAUUUAUCUCCUUUACUGUCCUAGACGCUUUCCUAGGCUUCUAUAAAAACAUAACAUAGAAUCAUGUUCUUGAUUUGUUUUUCACUCUUUCAUGUAGGGGCUGAAAUGGAGUUGCUGCCAGAAACUGUUUCUAUAUGAAAACACCUAAUAUUUUUUGCUUUGUGAGUUUGUUCUUUCCUCCUUUCAGCUUUUGCCUCAUGGAUGAACUCCUGGAUAUAUUUCUGUUUUCACACCUAUUUUACAUAUUAAAAAGAAGGGUGCUGCAAUGCCCAGCUCCUGUGAGAGGAGGUAAGCACUGACUACUCCACAUGCUGGGCACCCUGUGCCUGUCCUAGUGUCCUGACACCAUUGCUUGAAGCCCUUCCCACUAGCUUCAGGAGCAUGAGAGGAACAAGAAAAUGAGCUGAGCUGAAGAGCUCAGCCCCCACUCCUUCAGCAGCCUGAGCCAAACACUUCCAGGCUAUAAACUGCACUUUGCCAUGGCCGACAAGCAAAUGCAAUUGUACUUUUUUAAACCUGGCUCAUUACCAUGCUCCUGUCAUGCUCCCAGAGUUGGCAGGGAAUGGUGACCCCAGUCACUGGCAUUCAAGUACCUGGAGGAGCAGCUUCAGUGGUGGGGGAUUGCAGUCAUCCCCUCAGGGGCAGAGACGGGGCAGACAGCAGAAACACCAGGGCAUGGCAGAAUUUUGCUCCCUCUGCCCUCACCUGGCACCAGUCUGUCACCCCCUUCUAACUCCUGCAGGAACAGCUGCUUCCUGCAGGGGCCUAAUUACCCACUCUGUAGUUCCUCAAUCUGCCCUGCCUAGCAGCUUCAUGCACCACCCUCCACUAUGGUCUCAUGGGUACCCUGCCCAAUGCUGCCCAUGGGAUUCUUAUAAGAGUGCCAUGGGGUGCAAGGAGGUAAGCACUGUAAGAAAUAAAUCGAUCCUUAAAUAGGAUGCCGCUAAAUUCAAAACAAGUUAUGCAAGGGUGCUUUGAUCUUUAAAAGGCAGGCAAGGUUCUUUGGGUAGAUGUGAUAUCUUUUAUUAGACUGACUAAAAUGUUGGGAAAAAGUUCUUUGCAAGUUUUCAGGCACAAAGACCCUUCAUCAGGCGUAGGGAAACUGCUGGAAAAAGAAGCAAAUUUACAACAAGCAUGUCUGUGAAAAUGCAAAUCCAUAGAUCAGUGGUUUUCAACCUUAUCAAGAUCAAGGCAUAUAAAGCCUUGGGAUAUAAAGCUCCAGUAACUAUAUAUAUUUUAGUCAAUUUUAUUAAUGACCACGAAACGAAACAAUGUAUUUGCUACUGGUUUCCAUCAUUUAUAAUGUUAUUAUUUCAGUAUUAUUGUUAUUAAAGUAAAUGGUUAGGCAAUUAACAUGAACCUGACAAAUGUUUUACUCCAAGUUCUGACUGCUACUAUGAUGCAUGCUAGGGAUGGCCAACCUGCAGCAUGGGCACCACAAGGGGCACAGGCAGCUUCUGGGUUUAGCACAUGGCGUAUUGGGAUGGGGAGAACAGGUAGAAUAGCAGCAGAUGGGGCAGGAAGCAGAAAGUAAAGCAGCAGAUCUGUCAGGGAGCAUAGGGAUGGAAGCAGAAAGCAGAGCAGCAAAUCAGGCAGGGAACCCAGGGCUAGGAAUAGAAAGUAGAGCAGCAGGUUGGACAGGAGAAGUGGAUCAGAAUGACACUUAGGGAGAGUGGAGGACUAGUUUGUGGCACAUUGCCUAAUGUUUGUCCCUCACCUGUGCAUGCAAUUUUAAGGCUUUAACAUUCUAAGUUUAAUUUUCAAAUACCCUAAUGAUGACUAUGAUACACAUUGUUAAAUCUUUUUUGUUUAAAUCUGAAGAUCUAGGAUGGAUGUCAUCUUAGUCAGGUUAACUAAUUUAUGAAGUAUAUUACAGAAGUGCCUUGAAGAUCCCAUUCAGAAUCAGGACUCCAUUGUGCUGGGUGCUAUAAAAUGACAGCCAAUCUUUUGGCAUAGUUUCCAUUUUUUAUAUGUCUUUUCUUAGUUCUUGUUAAAUAUAAUUGUCUGACUUAGGCCAUCAUGUUUAUAUUUGUAUGUGAGAUUAAUUUUUUAUCUUGUCUUUCAGUGGAAGCUCAUGAUUUAUGGACAUGUCUUGCUUACAGCUUUUAAUAAUUUGUAUUCUUUCUAAGAUCCUUAUUUUUUCCAUUUUACAAUGACCAAACCUGGGGCUAGAACAAUAAAAGAAACUCUGUUAAUACUAGUUUUACUGGAAAAGCUUCAGUCUAAAAAAUCUUUACUCUUGGAAUCAUAGAGAAGUAGGGCUGGAAGGGACCUCCAUAGGUCAUCUAGUCCAACCCCCAGGCUGAGGCAGAAUCAUCCCUAUCCAAACUAUCCUGUACAAACUAGGGCUGUGUGAAGCUUCAAACACUGAUUCGAUUCAGAGGCGAUUCGGCCCAAUUCAGGAGACCCAUUAAUCUCUCCAAAUCAAAUCGCAAGCCUCCGAUUUGAUACAGAGAGAUUUGAUGAUUCAGACAUAGAUCUAGACACAGCGUUGUAUAUUUUUUCUACAUAACUCAAGGCACCAGGUGGCUCGUAGGCCUGUGCAAAGCAGCUAGUAUUCGCUUCAUAUUUGGAUUCAGCCGAUUCGGGGAACGGUGAUUCAAUUCAGUGAUUUGAAUCACUUUCCCGAUUCAAUUCAGCUGCUGCCAAAUUUCCAAAUCACCCAGGCCAGGCCCAUCCCCUGCCUGCUCUCCCAGCGCGGCAAUGGCUGCACUGCCCACCCCAGCUCCAGGCUUUUUGGAACAUGUCCCCCUCCCCCCCACCCCAAACUACCAAGUACUGCCGGGGGGGGAGGGGGAGGGGGAAGGAACGAUCCCCACUGCCCCAUGCUUCAUGGAGCGCUCUGCAUGAGACUCCUGACCCCCCCCCUUGCUCCCCCAGCCCCUCCACGGGUGCCCCACCCAGCCCAGCUCCAACCCUUUAAGAAAAAAAAAUGAGAAAACCCUCACACUCACCGCUCCUGCCAGCGAGGGGCGAUCCUCACUGCCCCCCACUACCCCAUACCAUGUGGGGGGCUCUGCACAAGCCCCCGAGGCCGCUGCAGGAGUGGUGAGUCCCAGAAGAUUUUUUCCAAAGAUUCAGAGAGCUUUAAAUCAAUUUGGACCUUUCAAGUGGUCCCCGAUUCGAUUUGGAUUUGGAAAUUCGGCCACCGAAUCGGGCCAAAUCUCCUCCAAAUCCAAUCACCACCCGAAGCUUUGCACAGCUCUAGUGGCUCGUGAACACUGAGAUGGUGGGGUGGAUGGAACAUCCUACAGGAGUGCAGGGGGGGUCCCCAGCGUGCUCAGCAGCAGACCCGUCCACUUCCAGGUCCGCCACGGAGCAUGCAGGGGACCCCCCCCCACCCCCCCCGGCUCAGUGACUGGUGCCUCCUGAGUCUGGGGGGGCACCUGGGGUGCCCCCUAUGGUCAAUCGUCAAGCCAGGGGGUGCAGAGGGGUCCCCCACAUGGUCAGUGGUGGACCUGCAAGUGGACUGGAAGUACUUCCGGUCCACUUCCUGGUCCACUGCCAAGCACACAGGGGGCCACCCCGCACUCCUGUGGGACACUCCAUCUGCCCCAUGUUAGUGUUCACAAGCUGUGCCUGGUACCGCAAGGUAUGUAGAACAAAAACAUAUAAAGCUGUGUCUAUGGCCAUAUUACUGAUUCUCUGGAUCAGAAUCAAAUCAGAUUCGGAUUCGGCCGAAUCGAAUUGGGACAGUGAUCCUAAUCAGCGAAUUGAAUCACUGUCCCCCGAAUUGGGCUGAAUCCAAAUCCAAAUCUGAAUCUAAUACAGCCCGCUUCGCACACCCCUAAUACAAACCCAUUAUCUAUCUUAUUAACAAAACUACACAGUUAACCUUGACACAACCACAAGACAUAACACCUUAAUCUGCCACAGGUAAAGCAAGGGAGCUAUGGUGGCCAAUGUCCUGCUGCUGCAAAAAUUGUUAAAAUACACUCAAGAGAUCCAAGAAAGAGGGCCAUGUCCCCCACUACAGAGAAAAGCAAACACCCCCACAGUUGGUACUAGUCUGACCAUGGGGUAAAAUUGCUUUUUGACCCCAAAUAUGGUGAUCAGUCUGACCCUGAGUAGAGGGGCAAGGCCCUCUAGCCAGGAACCUCUGCGUUUAAGUCCAAGCAGGACUUCUGGCACAUUCCAGUUAAAAUCCCCAGCCUUGGCUGCAGCCAACACCCACUGCUUCUGAGGAAAGUGUAAAAAGAAACCCCUGACACACAGCAGCAGGAGCAGAAAAAAUUACCUCCUGGUCCCAUGUGGUAGCAAACAAGUUCAUCAGGGCCCUGCUGAACAGAAUUCAGACAGCUCACAAGCUGUCUGACUGCUCUUUUGUUAUCUCAUCCCUAGUUUGUCCACUUCUUUAUCAAAGUGAACUUUUUUAGGUGUCUGGUUGCAGCUACAUUUUUUCAUGAAGACUGAGGGUAAAUAGGUAUUGAGUGCUCCACCUUCAUAGCAUCUUCUGCUACGAUGGCAUUUGACAGUGGACCCACAGCUUCCUUGGUCUUUCUUUUCUGGCCAACAUAUUUAUAAAACCUCAUUUUUGGUGUUUCCUUGGUGACCUGCCCAUUUUGCCCAAUGCCUGUAUGCUUUCCUUUUUCAUCUGAGGUUCCUAGAACCUCCUUGUGCAGCCACGUUGGUCUCUUACCAUUCUUCUUUGGCUUCCAUUGGGUCAGAACAGUUUGUCAUUGGGUCUCCAAUAUUGUGCUUUUUAGAAGCAACCUCCACCAAGUCUUUCCUAUUCGUCAGGAUAAGAUCCAAGAAAGAGAAUCCUCAAGCUGUAGCCUCGACCUUCUAGAACAAAAUCAUCCACCACACAAGUUAGGAAGUGGCUCAACGUUUUACGUUUGGCUGUAUGGUUCUUCCAAGAGAUGUCCAUAAAACUGAAGUCUCCUAUCAGUACCAUCUCAUAAUUUUUGGAUAAGUUUGUCACCUCCUUGAAGAGUGCCUCAUCCACCUCUUGUUUCUGACUUGGAGGCCUGUAAUCCCCACCAUUAUAUUGGUGCUGCAUCAUUCAUUUUUAUUUUCACCCGCAUACAUUCUUAUUCUUCUAUCUUCUUCCUGCACCAAGGAGAAAGUGUAUGUGUUUUGGACUAUGACAGAGGGCAUAUUUAAUGUGAAUCUAGCCUCUUGUUCUUUAUGGCAUUUCCAGCACAUUUUUAAAUAUUCUACAGUACUACAAUAGAACAAAUGGAUUUUACUACAUUGUUUUAAUAUAAUAAAUGCUCAUGCUUUUAUAUAAUAAACAUUCAGUCUUUUAAUGUCAAGAUUGACCAGAGGGAGGCCUCCCUAACUUUGAUUUAAUAAUUUUGGUUUUAGUAGAAAAUUUGAAUUUUCUCUUUCCAAUUGGAAGGCACAUAAUAUUGCCAAAAAUUGCCUUUGUUUUGUUUUGUAUGGGGGGAAAGGGAGGUUGAUAUGGGGGGGGCGUUGUUUUUUGCCUCCAAAAGAUGUUAGGAGAGUUUAAGCAACAGGAGAACGAUGGCUUUGUGUCACUGUACUACUUCUGAGAUCUAGGUUCAUUUACCAGCUGAGGCACACGUCCUUUGUGACCUUGAGCAAAUCCCUUCUCUUUGUCCCUCAUUUCCCCAUCUGGAAAAUGGAGAUAAUGCUUCCUUUCUCUCUUCUGUCUUGUCUGUUUCUUUUGUAAGCUCUUCAGCAAAGGGACAGUCAUUAAAGGACAGAUCUUAUUAGGUUACUAAGUGUGAAAUCUAUUCCACUGUGCUCAAGUCCCUGAAAAAAUGUCUCCGUUUUUAACUCUCUAUCGUCUUAGCCUUAAGACUAAAUCACAAAAACAGUGAGCAGCAGGACCUAUUCGUCUUUUAUGUGAACUAUUUUACCAUUAUUUGAUCAGAGUGGAAUCACAUCUCAGGCACCUAAUAGGUGGAAUAAGAACUAUCCUUUAGUGGUUUUGUACAGUGCCUAGCAUAAUAAUGCCCUAUUCUUUAUUGGAAUUUCUUGGCGCUAUCUUAGCACAAAGAACAUUUAGAUGUGCAUGUUUAUCAAAAAUUUUACAUACAAAGUUUGUCCCCGCAGAUGUGAUUUUCCUUUCUCAGAACAUUUGUCUUCGGCUAUUUCUUGUGGCCAUGCUGCCAGUGACCCAUGCUAUUUACCAAUAUAGCUGUGUUCCAUAAACUGUUAUCCAUCAUUGGAAAAAAUUACAUCUAGCAGUCUCUUUCCAGCAGAUUCAUAGCAUGAGGUUCAUAUGUUUUUGCUUUCUUUGCCGAGGUGAAGAUGUUAUUUAAUGUUUAUGCCCUUUUCACACUAUUUUACUGGAGUGAGUCCUUAUAGCAUUUGCUUAAAUCAGUGUUAAAUGUGGACAAAAGGGCUGAAUUCCAUAUUGCCUUAUCCACCUGAUUGGCAUAUGCAUAGCUAUGUAAUAGCAUUUUAUGUACUUAUAUAGAGUUUGGGAUUUUUCUUCACCCUAUUAUACCUGCUAGAAAUAACAGUGAGAGCCUUUCCACCUUUUAUUCCAAUAGUCUGAUAGGGAAUUUGCCUGGAGAGCAAAAGGUCCUCGUUCUAACUCCUGCUCAUCCAGAGAAUGUUUGAGCCUCAGCAAAGUGCUCUAGCCACUAAACCAUGGGUUACCAUUGCCCAAUCCCCUCUCCAGUGGUGAGCAGCCAUUCAUUUCCUUGUAAAAGAUUUUACGAACCAUGCCAGCUGCUGUCAAGUAGCUAAAACAGCAUAGAUAUUCCACUUGAGUUAGUGUCUCCCUGUCUGAAGGAUAGUAAAUAGUUCUUGAGAUUGAUACUUAGCACAAAAAGUUUGAGCUCAUGGUUGAAUACCACUGGAGAGAACUUUCACUCGCUAACAGUCAGCAAGUCUUUACUUGUUCCAGUUGUGUUCAUUUUUUCAGCAAUAACUAUUUCAUUGGUUGCUGAUCCCAGAGAGCCUCUAAUGCAUUGCACACCAUAACUCUCAGAGCUGAAUACUUCUACAAACUACCAGAGGUGGCCUCUAGCAUUGAAAAAAGAGUUUUGAAUCUUCAUUGUACCUAACUUUCACAUGCAGAUUGCAUGGUAUCUGAAUAUAGAACAAAGUUAAAAAUGUUCAUCUGUAAAGGCUGAUCCCAUUUUCCUAAUGCAGUUUCACAAAAAAGUACUUAGAUUUUGUGUACAGGUGGCAGUGGGUUCCUGCCAGAUUACUGUGGGAGCGGGGAAAGAAAGUUUGAAUAAAUGGAUAGACCAUGCAUUUCAUUAUGAAAUAAAGGUUAUUCUGAUGGAAGCGUGUCAGGAGCAUAAACACCACAGAACAAGAACUAAGCUUUAACUUGCAUCCUGUACUGGCAACAACAUUUUAAUGUAAAAUGUCAUUGCACCAGAACAGUUUUCUGUAUUGAACAGUUUUGCAGCUUUCAGUGUAGAUUUAGACAAUACUAAACCAUCUCCCUAUUGAUUCCUCUGCCAUUAUAAUGGUGAAAGAAUUGAAGAAAAAAGACAUAAGAAUGUCUGUACAUUGUUUGGACAUAGCCAGCAUGGCUUUAUCAAAAAGCUACUUUGGAUGUGGAGCAAAUGAAAUAGUUUAGGCUAAGUCACAGAUCAGUUUUUAGAGGAUUUAAGAGACAAAAGCCACACAUAAUUGUAUUAAAAUAUUUAAAAAAUUAUUUUUUACAUUUCUUGGGGUGUUUUUUAUAUUAAUUCCUUUUGGGCUUACCCCUGAUGUGACAUAAUGCAUAACCUGUAGAACAAAGCAUGCCUUUGUAGAAGGGCUUUGUAGAUGUCUAAAAAAUAGUAUAUGCACUAGGUUAUGAAGAUUGUAAACACACAGGCUGCGUCCCCAUGAGCUGGGGCAUGUGGUUGCCACAGGGGAAAAAAUUGUGCUGCUGCUUUUCUCCUUAGUGCAUGCCCCUGCACAUCAGGCACCUGGGCUGGCCGGAGCAGCCUUACCCUGGGUCCUGGGGACCUCCCAGGUCUCCAGAGGUGGCGAUCUGGGUGUGCAGAGCCUGGUCAUCAGCUGGAGUGUGGCUCUGGUCAGCCAGGCUCCAGUUUUGAGUGGCCACAUGCUUCACCCUGUUUUUUUCUGGUGUGGGUUUUUUGACACUAGGAUUUGGUAUCAAAAAAACCCACUGCUAAUUAGCAGUGCAGCAAAUGCCUGCAUGUGCAGUUUGCGGCGCUGUUGACCACAUGUGCAUGCUCGUUUAGAUCUGCUCAUAAGGGAUAUUAAUUUCAGUGCCUGGGGAUUCAUACACUUAAUUCUGUAUAUCUAGACAUAGGGAAUAAACUCUAAGCUGUUCUUCCAAGCUAUCCUGUAGAAAGUUAUGAUCUAAAGCUACAAUACAUUUUUCUGUUGUUGUGAAAUCUUUUCUUUGUGUUUUGUUGGAACUUGCUUUAAAAAUUUGCUACAAGAGCUGGCCCGUGUGGACAGAGUAAAACAUUAAAACUCUGUUAAAAUGGUGCUCUUUACACAUGCAGCAGCACUGCAGUGUUAAUUGAAACUGUGGAUAUGGAGCAUAGAUGGGACCUAAGAGAUUGGUGAAUCUUGGGAACAAUGUAACAGGUUAUAAGUAAGAUACAUUUGUUAUUCUUAAGGCAUACUGAUAAAAAUAAUAUUUUAAUCUGAUUUUAAUCAUACACGUUUCACCGACUUUGAAAUCAUAUUUGUACAAAAUUUUAUUUGCACAAUUUUAGUCACUAAAGAUCUAGGCAAUUUCAUAGUAUAAUUAGGUCGUUCUUCCCUUAUACUAUGUAAUCAGCAAGAAAUUUGGAAGUUGUUGGACAGGGAAUUGCAAAGUGAAUGUAAGACUAGUUAAAUUGCAUAUAAAUAGUUUUCUACAGAAGAAUGCUAUUAACAAAUGGUAUAAGAAACUUUUACUGGCAAUAUAUAAUAAAGAAAAUGGAUGGGUCAUAAUUAUAAUGUAACUUUUAUCCUCCUGUCCUUAACAAUAAAACACAGCCAUUGCAAAAAGAUUCAAAUGUGUCUUCUCCAAGUGGUGAAAGCACAAAACAGCUCUUCUGUUGGAUGUUUCCAAUAACCACUACUCUGUCAUAACCUCACUAUUUGCAUCAACUCUGUAAAUCAGUCUGAGGAAUUUUUUUGCCAUAUGAGCAUUCUCAGAGCUCAAAUUACCAUGUCAUGCUUCUGAUAUUAGCCAGUCCCUUCUGACUGUACUGUUUUGUUUUCACUUUCACAGCAUAUCACAAUAUAUUGUUAUAUAUGUAAAUACAUCGCUAUACAUGACAUUCCAAUGACCAAAUGUAGGUUUGGUUCCUUCUGUGAUGUUAACAUGAAAAAUGUGUGUUUCAAAACUAAUAAUUGAGAGUUGGAGGCAGGGCUCUAAAUUAGAAAUAUCCAAAGGGUUUUUGGAGUGACAUUUUACUGCUACUCUAGGGCAGGGCUGGCCAACCGGUGCCACGAAUGUUGGCGCACAGCAAAUCAGGGAGGGGACAAGCAGACAGCAGCAGGUAGGCCAAGGAGCAGAAAGCAGAGCAGCAGAUCUGGCAAGGGAAGAGGAAGGGAAUCAGAGUGGCGCUUGGGAGGGGUGGGGCUAAUUUGUGGCACAUCUGCCAAAAGGUUGGCCCCACUGCCCUAGGGUCUGGACAUAUAUACAUUUGUAGCAGUUUAUAAAGGGGAGGGCAUGCAACUGCUGUUAUGCUGCCGCUCUUGCAUCUACGUGAGUCUCCGGCAACACAAGCCGAGCAGAACCACUCCACCUGUAACCCUGCUUCAUCCAGGGUCAAAACUGUGGAAACUGCGUUUAUUUGUAUUACUAUAGGCAAAUGCAGAUGUAACAAUUACAGUGUAACAGCUGCUUCAAGGUCCCAAGCAGGAGCUUCCCCUCUGCUUUUGAAGCCGCUCCAAGUGGGCAUUUGUCCAUACCCCUAGAAGGAUGAUAUCUAGGUUUAUUUCAGGCAGGCAGGGAUGAUGAAGAUAAAUGUAAACUUGAAAAAUGACGAUUAUUUGUACUGAUCCAAAUAAACCUAUGUUUUUUUGAUGAUGCAGGGGGGGAGUGGGAAAUUCUGUUGAUUUUUUUUUUUUAAUUUUUUAUUUUGUUUCGGCUUUGCUGGUUGCAUUUCUUUUUUUGUUUAAAGAAAAUUGCAAUUUACUUUCAUUUAGCCUCGUUUAGGUUACAAAUGUAAAUAUAUUUUUAAAACUGUUAAAUAAAGUUAACUUUUGCAGUGGA